AUGCUUCAAGGUAUCUCUGCCACCGUUUCCAUCCAGAGCGAGGGUAACCAGUGUCAGAAGAAGAGCACUGCCAAGCAAGCGGACUUGGAGGCCAAGCAAGCCGAAUUGGAGGCAAAACGCCAGGAGGCAGAGCAGAAGGAGCGCGAGAAGCAGCGACAGAAGGAAGCAGAGGAGGAGGCGAAGCGGAAGCAGGCAGAAGAGGAGGAGGAGCG